CUGGAGCGUCGCGGUCGGGGCGGGGGAGGGAACCUGUCCGCCCGCCCCAGGGACAGCCCGUGAAGCCAUCACCGCCUUUUUGGGGAACCCGCCCCGCCGUCCAGGCCUCCAUGCAGGUGGAACAGGUUGGAAACUACUGACUGGGUCACAGCUGCAGGUGGCACUGGAAACAUUCUGGUUCCUGGACAUGCCCGGUGGAAGGAGGGGCCCCAGUCGGCAACAGCUCAGCCGUUCAGCUUUACCCUCUCUACAGACCUUGGUUGGAGGAGGCUGUGGCAAUGGAACAGGUCUAAGAAACAGGAAUGGUAGUGCUGUUGGCCUUUCGGUCCCUCCUAUCACAGCCUUAAUCACUCCUGAGCCUGUACGUCAUUGCCAGAUUCCAGACUUGCCGGUGGACGGGAGCCUACUCUUUGAGUUUCUCUUCUUCAUCUACCUUUUGGUAGCCCUGUUCAUUCAAUACAUCAACAUCUACAAAACUGUGUGGUGGUAUCCUUACAAUCAUCCUGCUUCUUGUACUUCACUGAAUUUUCAUCUCAUUGAUUACCACCUGGCUGCAUUCAUCACAGUGAUGCUAGCAAGGAGGCUUGUCUGGGCGCUCAUCUCAGAGGCCUCUAAGGUGGGUGCAGCAUCUGUGAUUCACUACGUAUUACUAAUAACAGCUCGUUUGGUGCUGCUUACCUUGUGUGGAUGGGUGCUUUGUUGGACUCUGGUCAAUCUCUUCCGAAGUCAUUCAGUCCUCAAUCUCCUUUUCCUUGGCUACCCGUUUGGUGUUUAUGUGCCUCUCUGCUGUUUCCAUCAAGAUAGUAGAGCACAUCUUCUUCCAACGGACUAUAACUAUGUGGUUCAGCACCAGGUGGUGGAGGAAAGUUCCUCCGCUAUGGGUGGCUUGGCCAAAUCCAAAGACUUCAUCUCCUUGUUGCGAGAGUCUCUGAAAGAACAAUUUAAUAAUGCCACACCCAUCCCCACUCACAGCUGUCCUUUGUCACCAGACCUCAUCCGUAAUGAGGUAGAAUGUUUAAAAGCAGAUUUCAACCACAGGAUCAAGGAAGUCCUCUUCAAUUCCCUCUUCAGUGCCUACUACGUUGCAUUUCUGCCACUCUGUUUUGUGAAGAGUACCCAGUACUAUGACAUGCGCUGGUCAUGUGAGCACCUCAUUAUGGUAUGGAUUAAUGCCUUUGUCAUGCUCACCACACAGCUGCUACCAUCUAAAUACUGUGAUUUACUGCACAAAUCAGCUGCUCACCUGGGCAAAUGGCAGAAACUUGAACAUGGGUCCUACAGCAAUGCUCCACAACACAUAUGGUCAGAAAGUACGAUAUGGCCUCAGGGUGUGCUGGUACGACAUAGUCGCUGUUUGUAUAGAGCUGUGGGGCCUUAUAACGUAGCAGUGCCUUCAGAUGUCUCCCAUGCUCGUUUUUAUUUUCUCUUUCAUCGUCCAUUAAGGCUGUUAAAUCUGCUCAUCCUUAUUGAGGGAAGUGUUGUCUGCUACCAACUUUAUUCCCUACUUCGGUCAGAGAAAUGGAAUCACACACUUUCCAUGGCCCUCAUCCUCUUCUGCAAUUACUACGUCUUAUUUAAACUCCUCCGGGACCGAAUAGUAUUAGGCAGAGCAUAUUCCUACCCGCUCAACAGUUACGAACUCAAGGCAAAUUAAGCUGCCUGGCCAACAGUGAGGGAAAACCCAGAUAAAAAUAUUUUCAUACAGUUCUAUUUUUUUUUUCUCGCAAUGUUUAUAAAUAUUUAAGAUAUUUUAUAUUUUGUAUACUAUGUGUUUUGAAAGGUGGGAAGGGUAAGGGCUAUUAAAUGUCUCCAUAAACAA